UAUGGAACCGGAAGCAGAGAGCUCGGCGUGGAGCUUGGCGUGGAGCUUGGCGUGGAGCUUGGCGUGGAGCUCGCGCUCCCGGAGGUCGACUUGAAAGACUCAUUGCCUGAGGAAGAAGCCCUGAAGAGGAGGGAGAGGAAAGAAGGAGGAGUCAGGAAUGGCUCUUUCUCAGGAACAGUUGACAUUCAAGGAUAUUGACAUAGAAUUCUCUCAGGAGGAGUGGGAAUGCCUGGAACCAGUUCAGCGAGCCUUGUACAGGGACGUGAUGUUGGAGACCUACAGGAACCUGCUCUUCCUGGACAUCUCUCCUAUACACGUGAUCAAGAAAUUACAACUACAAGUAAACACUGGUAGAGGAGAAGUAUUACAAACAGUGAUGUUGGGAAGACAUGAAAGGAAUAAAAUGAAAUAUUUUUACCUCAGGGAAGUCCAGGAAAAUAUAUCUGACUUUGAGUCUCAGCAGAGAAGUGAGGUAAGAAAUUACAAAGGAACUCCUAUGUCCCAUAAUGAAAAUCCUACUGAUAAGAGAGAUGGACUUGGUAGGAGUGUUGUAGGAAUUAAGCCUAUUGAAAAUAGGCUUGCAUCAAGCUUUUGGGAUGAAUUGCGUAUAUUUAAAAGUGAACAAAAAAUUGAUGAAUUUAAUCAAGCUGACAAGACUAUCAACUGUAGUGCCUCAUUUUCACCACUUCAGACAAUUUCUCCUGUUGUCCAAACAAGCAUUUCUGAUACAAAUGGGAAUGAUUUUAUGCAUCCUUCAGUACUGACACAAGACCAGAGGACACACAGGGAACAACCUUACAAAUGUAAUGAGUGUGGCAAAACCUUUCAUCAGGUCUCAGACUAUACUCGACAUCAGAUCAUCCAUACAGAAGAAAAAUUACAUAAUUGUGAUGUAUGUGGCAAAGUUUUUAGUCGAAAUUCAGACCUUGCAGUUCAUCAGAGAAAUCAUACUGGAGAGAAAUCUUACAAAUAUAACAUGUGUGGCAAAACCCUUAAACAUGGCUCACACAUCACUGGACAUCAGGUAAUCCAUACAGAAGAGAAUUUAUAUAAAUGUGACAUGUGUGAAAGAGUCUUUCGUCAAAAAUCAUUCCUUGCAGUUCAUCAGAGAAUUCAUACUGCAGAGAAACCUUACAAAUGUAAUGUGUGUGAUAAAGUGUUUCAUCACAACUCGAAUCGUAGAAGACAUCAGAGAAUCCAUACAGGAGCAAAACCAUAUAAAUGUGAUGUAUGUGGCAGAGUCUUUAAUCGAAGUUCAAUCCUUUCACUUCAUCAGAGAAUUCAUACUGGAGAGAAACCUUACAAAUGUAACGAGUGUGGGAAGUUCUUUAGUCGAAAAGGAACCCUUGCAAGUCAUUGGAGAAUUCAUACUGGAGAGAAACCUUACAAAUGUAAUGAGUGUGGUAAAACCUUUUAUCACAGCUCAAUCCUCAGUCGACAUCAGAUAAUCCAUAAAGGAGUGAAAUUACAUAAAUGUGAUGUAUGUGGCAAAGUUUAUAGUCGAAAUUCAAAUCUUGCAGUUCAUCAGAGAACUCAUACUGGAGAGAAGCCUUACAAAUGUAACGAGUGUGGCCAGGUCUUUAGUCAAAAAGCAACGCUUGCAUGUCAUCAGGCAAUUCAUACUGGAGAGGACCCUUACAAAUGUAAUGUGUGUGGCAAAAUCUUUCAUCAUAGCUCGAACCUCAGGAAACAUCAGGUAAUUCAUAAAGGAGGAAAGUUAUAUAAAUGUGAUGUGUGUGAUAGAGUCUUUAGUCAAAGUUCAUACCUUACAAAACAUCAUAGAAUUCAUUCUGGAGAGAAACCUUACAAAUGUAAUGACUGUGGUAAGGUCUUUAGUGAAAAAGCAGUCCUUGCAGUUCAUCAGAGAAUUCAUACUGGAGAGGAACCUUACAAAUGUAGUGAGUGUGGCAAAGUCUUUAGUCAGAAAGCAGCCCUUGCAAGGCAUCAGGUAAUUCAUACUGGAGAGAAAUGUUACAAAUGUAAUGAGUGUGGCAAAAUCUUUCAGCAGAGCUCAACCCUCACUCGACAUCAGAACAUCCAUACAGGAGAGAAAUUACAUAAAUGUGAUAUAUGUGGCAAAGUUUAUAGUCGAAAUUCAGACCUUGCAAUUCAUCGGAGAAAUCAUACUGGAGAGAAACCUUACAAAUGUAAUGAGUGUGGCAAGGCCUUUAAUUACAGAUCGAAACUCAGUAGACAUCAGUUAAUCCACACAGAAGAAAAAUUACAUAAGUGUGAUGUAUGUGGCAGAGUCUUUAGUCAAAAUUCAUAUCUUGCAAGACAUCAGAGGAUUCAUACUGGAGAGAAACCUUACAAAUGUAAUGAGUGUGGCAAAACCUUUAACGAUAAGUCAGCCCACAGUCGACAUCAGAUGAUCCAUACAGGAGCAAAACCAUAUAAAUGUGAUUUUGAUUUUUGUGGCAAAGACUUUCGUCGUAAUUCACACCUUGCAGCUCAUAAGAGAACUCAUACUCGAGAGAGACCUUAUAAAUGUAAUGUCUGUGGCAAGGUCUUUACUCAAAAUCCACACCUCAGGAUUCAUCAGAGGAGUCAUACUGGAGAGAAACCUUACAAAUGUAAUGAGUGUGGCAAGGUAUUUAGUCAAAAUGCAACCCUUGCAAAGCAUCAGAGAAUACAUACUGGAAAAAAAACCUUACAAAUAUAAUUAGUGUGGUAAGGUCUUUAGUCAAAAUUCACUACUUGCAACUCAUUGUAGAAUACAUGCUGUAGAGAAACCUUUCAAAAAUACUGAGUGCUGAAAAGCCUUUACUCAGAUUUCAACCCUCACUACACAUUAGGUAAUAAAUACAGAGGGGAAACCAUAUUAAUGUAAUAUAGGUGGGAAGGACUUCCUUCAAAAUUGACACUUUCAGUCCAUGGGAGAUUCCUAGUGGUAGAAAUCAUGCACAUGUCUUCAGUGUGGCAAAGCCUUACGAUUGGAUAAUCCAUGCUAGAC